UUAUGGGAAGUUGACGAGUGACUUUUCCCGGCAGAUUUGAUGGGAAGCAGCUUCACGCGGCCGUGAUAAUAAUCCACAUCUGCGAGUUUGCCACUUUUUAACAGACGACUUGAUUAAGUGUGUGUGUCCAGAAUAAAAGCAUCAUGUCUGAGGAAGCUGGACCCAGCGGUGAAUCUCAGUCCCAAACUCAGUCCCAAACUCAAUCCCAGCCUGCGUCUAGCUCCUCAUCCGCCCCAACAUCGUCAAGCCAGGGCUCGUCCUCGGGCUCCGGGACUCUGAGUUCGGUGGACACAGUACCUGUCCAGGAGCUCCAGUCCAUCCCGGAAGAUGAGGAGGAGGUCCAGCCGCAGGUGUGGGGCCGCAUCAUUCCUCUGAAGCAGGGGUUCAGCGUGCUCAAUUGCACAGAAAACCAGUACAGCUUUGGGCGGGAUAAAAGAUGCGAUUAUAGUUUCAGCAACUCCAUUCUGAAAAAAUCACCGUAUUUCAACACAUACAGCAAGAAACAUUUUAGGAUUUUUAGGGAUGAGAAUCUGGUUUAUCUCGAGGACCUGAGUGGAAACGGCACAUGGGUGGACGACGAGAAACUGGGAAACGGGAAGCAAAGUCUACUUAGCAAUAACUCCGUUAUCGCUCUCGCAGAACAAAAACAUCAAGUUUUUAUGUUCAUAGAUAAGAUGGCGGACGAUCAAGCAAACCUUCCUUUGGAGUUCAGUAAGAAAUAUCAUAUAGCACGAAAGAUUGGGACAGGCGUCUGUGGUGAAGUGAAGCUUGCCAUUGAGAAGGAAACCUUUAAAAAGGUUGCUCUGAAAACUAUAAACAAACACGACUUUCCAUCAAUAGGGACAGCCACACGAAAUGCUGAGCGGGAAAUCGAAAUUUUAAAGAAAAUUGAUCAUCCGUGCCUGAUCAAAACUGAAGAUUUCUACCAGACUGAAGACUCCUACUACAUUGUUUUGGAGUAUAUUGAAGGUGGCGAGCUGUUUGGCAGGAUCAAGGCCAAAAAAAAACUGGAGGAAGAUAUCGCCAAACUCUACUUUUAUCAGAUGCUCAAGGCUGUGGAGUAUCUCCACAAUAACGGGAUCAUCCAUCGAGAUCUCAAACCUGAGAACGUGCUGCUGGCUUCACAUGACGACAUCUGUUUGAUUAAGAUUACGGAUUUUAAUCAGUCCAAGAUUUUGGAGGAAUCCUCCCUGAUGAAGACGCUCUGUGGGACGCCCACAUAUGUGGCCCCAGAGGUGUUCACGCACGCCUCGACUGUGGGAUACACAAAAGCUGUGGAUUAUUGGAGUCUGGGAGUCCUACUGUUCAUCUGUUUGGGUGGAUAUCCUCCAUUUAACACUGAGUGCACCACCAUGUCUGUCCGUGAGCAGAUCAUUAAUGGCGAGUACCGCUUCAUCCCCUCUCAGUGGAAGAACGUUUCAAAUGAAGCCAAAGAUUUGGUCAAGAAGCUCCUGGUUGUGGAUCCACAGAAGCGUCUGAGUGUUGAAGAGGCACUAGAGCAUCCCUGGUUAAAAGAUGACAGGAUGAGACAAAAUGCAAACCAGCUGAUGAAUCCUGGAGCUGCAAAUCAACCAAUGCGUCCAGAAGCAACAAGGCAGAAACGCAAGGCACAAGAGGGAGAAGGUGAACCAGCAUCCAAGAGGAAACCCGGGCCUUGAUCUUCACAUGCUUUUAGAAGUUUUUGUAUUUGUUCUGAUGAUGGCCUUUUAAAACGUAGUCCUGUGAUCUGUUCAACACUGUACUGCUCUUGUAAAUACGUGUUUGUACCAUUUCUUGUAAAAAAUAAAAUGGUUUUACAUUUUC